AUGGAGUUAGGUGGAUUACGAUUUCGUGGUUGGUCUGACCAGAAACAUGCAGUUGUCAACAAAUACAUAGAGAUGAGAAACCCAAAUAUUUUGUUCAGGAAUGGAUUGAUGAAGUUAUUUUUCUUAGAAGUUAAACAUGAAGGGAAAACGAUGCUUGAAGAAGCAUCUGCAUUAGGACAUUUGGAUUCAUCAUUUUUCCUGGGAAUGAUGCUGACGGUUGAAGGGAGACAUAAGAAGCAGGAAGCUUUAGAUAUGUUGAACAAUGCUUACCGCAUAGCAAAAGGUUUUGUAGGGAGUUUGGUAUAA